AUGCAUGGAGUACGUGCGCUUUUCCUACCCCCUGACCACUACGCAAAACUAACAUACAUUAUGCUGGGCGAGAUCGUGGUAUCAAAAUACCGCACAUUCAAGGACGCCGACUCCGAGAUAUACGAACGGGUGUUGACAAUCGAAGCCACCUGGUCUAAAAUCUCCCAGCAGCUGGACUUCCUCAAUCGCAUCUGUGGCAGUCUAAACCCAGAGCACCGAGACCUGCAGCAGCGAAUUCUUCUGGCCUUCCACAAUAAGCUCGAGCUUAGUGUGCUCGAGGUCAACAAACUCGAGCAGUCUUCAUGCGCCAGUGGUGGUGCGCAACGGAUACAAAGAGCGGCGAAAUAUGUUCUUUCUGUCAAGAAGCGCUUGGAUUUGGCUAUUCAACGUCUACAAGCAUGGGCAGCGGAGUUUGAUCCGACUUGGUGGUUGGUACUACGAAUAGCUGAUAAAGCUAUUGACAGGGAAAUAGAUUCAGGCUCAAGCCAGAGCCAGAGUGAAGGUCCAGGUCAUGACUCUGCUCCCAGUAAUAAAAACUGCAGGCUUGAAGCCGCUCGACAUAUCAGAGAUGCCCUGCAGGCAGACGAGCAAUCUACAAAAGGCUUGUUCCUUAAAGAAGCAACAUUGAACUCAGCAGACCGGUCUGAUCUCCCAUUUUCCACCUCGCAAAUCAUCACACUAUCGGCCUCCGGAAAGCCAACCUCGUACGUAUUGGACUCUGUCGACUGCACAAUAGUAGAAGACGUCUCUGUCUUCGCGAAGAACGUGCGAGACCUAGCCCUAAGACUUGAAAAGAUCGAUGCAGCAGCCUUCCAUCUUCUGCAAUGCCAUGGGGUCGCAAGAACCAGGGAUCCAAGCACAAAGCGUGUGACCUCAUUCAAUUUCAUCUUCAAGAUACCGAAAGACUGCCACCAUCACCAACCCCAAAGUCUGCGCUCCCUUCUCCUAUCACAAACCAACCCAUCUCUAACUGCGAGACUCGAACUGGCAAAGCAGUUGGCCACGGCACUCAGCUACGUCCAUGUCCUGGAUUUCGUGCACAAGAGCAUCCGUCCUGAAACAGCUUUAGUCUUUAAAAGCCACAGCUCGGACUCUUCAUCAUUCACUCAUGGAUUCGGCCCAUUAUUCCUCGUGGGAUUCAAAACAUUCCGCACUGCAGACGGGAAAUCUCUCCGUCUAACCAACGCCGACAGAAUCGAGAACAUGUACCAGCAUCCAGAACGACAGGGUAUAGACCCAAGCACAGACCACAGAAUGCAGCAUGACAUCUACAGCCUAGGCGUGUGUCUACUCGAGAUAGGGCUCUGGGAGUCGUUCGUUGCCGGUGAUUCUUCAUCGCCAAUACUAUUGUCUGAGCUUAGCUCGCCAGCCUAUAUCAAGGCACACUUCACGGCCCUGGCAAAAAAGCGUCUCCCGUCUGCUAUGGGUGAGAAGUAUACGGGUGUUGUUGUGAAUAGUUUGACUUGUAUGGAGCCUGAUAAUGUAGACUUUGGAGAUGAGGAGGAAUUUGAAGAUGAGUUUGGGAUCGGGAUUGGGGUUAAGUAUAUUGAAAAGAUUCUUUUGCAGCUUAAUGAGAUAUCGUUAUGA